AUGAUUCCCCAGUUCAAAGACUUGCCUUUAGAAAUCCGUGACCUCGUCUGGGAAGCGACCCUGCCGCCGGGUCGCCUAUUCCACGUCAGAGAUUCCAUCACCAUAUACCCGGGACAAGGCCCGCCAUCCGUCAAGCGCUUCACAUUUCACAUAGCACAUCGACAUCCCGUGGCUACACGAGUGUGCAGAGAGUCGCGAGCUGCCGCCCUCCGCCGAGGCUUCUUUCUCCCAAAAUGCCCAGAUGUCUGGUUCAAUGCCGACCGGGACAUGCUCUACAUCGACCGCAACCAGCGACGAUUUAUACAAAGACAAAGCGGGGAUCCCGUGUACCGCGUCGAGGGCCUGGAGCAGGUCAAGCAUGUAGGGGUUGAAUGGCGGGCGUGGUUCCGCGAUGUACCAGUCUUCCAGUCAGAAGCGAGCAUGCAGGAGACGUGGAAGUCUGCUCUGCGCUCGCUGAGACUCUGCUUGCCCAAUCUGCAGACAAUCAACUUUGUGUUGCCGCAAACCCGACAUUGUGGAGGCAUGAGCUUUGGACGAGAGCCAUACGGAGCGUCGGAGAACCCUUGCCAACUAAUCACCCUCCCCGGGCAUGCAAAGGUGCCAUGGGGCCGAACCUCGCCAUUUGGAGCGACGUUGGAUCCGGCUGUCGGGGCUGUGGCCUUUGGGCGUGAACUGACGAUGCGCUUGACGACUUGGGACGCUAUCCGAGACCAAAUGGUGAGGGCGCUAAAAGAUGACCAUGGCGAUGCAGCAAAGGAAGAGAAACUUGAUGACCUUGGCCAUGUCCUACCCGCUCCAGCACGGAACAUUCCGCAGGUCGUAGGGCGGUGGCUUAUUAGAGGUGGCGAUGUCGGCGACGAGGAGUUGCUCAAACGUUUUGAAGUAAGGACAUUCAGAUCCUAA